AUACAAGGCGCCCGACAGAAAUAAUAUUAGCCCUUCAAAAGUUCCCCCAUGUAAAACUUUGUAAAUUGUGAAGGAUAUUUUUUAAUGGACUCCUUUACAUAUCUCUCGGUUCAGCAUUCUUAAGUAUCGUGUUCUCCCUUCUGCAGGAUGGGUGAAUCGGUGCCCGACACGCAGCUGCACCUCCGAUGGCACUCCCACACCACCACCUUCACCAGCAUGCUGUCGGAGCUGCACCACGGCCGCGCCUACACCGACGUCUCCCUCGUGUGCGACGGCGGCAUCGUCAGGGCACACCGCGCAGUCCUCUCCCUCUGCUCACCCUACCUAGCGGUGGUUCUCUCAGCCUGCCCCGACGCUGACGCCCCGUUACUCCUGCCCGAGGUGCCCGUCCAGGAUGUGAUGUACCUGGUGUCCUUCAUCUACCGCGGCCAAGUGGACGUCCACCAGCAACACAUCGCCUCCUUCCUCAGGACGGCCAAGCACCUCCAUGUCCUGGGCCUGGAAGAGGGGGACAGGCUCGUAGAUUCUCCCAGCAAGUCGGACGCCAGCUCCUCCACGUCUGGGAGUGAGGCCGGGGACGAGCCCAACGCACAGUUCAUCAACGGAAACAACAAUAAUGAGAACGAGGAGGAUGAAGUGGAGGAUGAGGACGAAGAGGAGGAGGAAGAGGAAAUCACUGAAAAUGUGGACAUGAUCAAACACGACAUCUCCGUGAAGGAGGAGCCCAUAGAGAACACUGAGGCCUCGGCGACGGAAGUGUCCAAUGACGGCAGAAUAGACCUCAACUUCUACCUCCAGCAGGCCAUCCAGAGCGCCUCCAUGCCCUGCCCUCUCUGCAAAAAGGAGUUCAAGAGCCAGUCUGGGCUGCGUGACCACAUCCGCCUCCACACCGGCGAGCGUCCCUUCGAGUGCGAGUUCUGCCAGAUGAACUUUGCCCGCGCGUCGCACCUCAAGCGCCACCGCCGCAUGCACACCGGGGAGAAACCGUUCAUGUGUCGCAUCUGUGGCAAGGACUUCUCUCGAGGGGACAAACUGAAGGACCACUUGAGGAGACACGACGCCGAGGACAAACUCAGCAAGAUACGGAAACAGAUCUACAACCCCGAGGACACUGGCGGCGAGGGGGAGGCGGAGGGUCAGGCGGCUUCACAACUCCUGAGCUCGAAACCAACUGGCACUGGACCUGACCCGACCCACAUGCCCCCAGCGAAGAGACCCCGAGGGAGGCCGCCGAAGAACCCGCAAGCCCACGCCCAGUACCAGCAGGCCAUGACGCAGGUGCCGUCCAUGCUGGUGCCACAGGGGGAGAACUACAUGCCGCAUAUGCUGGGUGUGACGAGCAUUGGUGAGUGCAUCCUAAGACCCAUCAACUAGCAGUCCAUCCAUGUUGACGUUGAAUCAUGAGCACUGACUAACAUGUUGCUGGUGCUGCCACAAGGAGAGCUUCACACCUCACUACUGGGUGUUAAUAGCGUUGGUGUUUGUCCUCGGAGCCGUCAGCUAGCCCUUCGUUCUCUCUUUCCAUGGUGAAGUCAGAGGGGUUAGAUCGUUAGAAGCCCAGACUAACUUUUCCUGAGUUUCUGUGUUGUUGGUCUGAAAUGUUAGUGAGUGCACCGUCAGUCCCAUCAGCUAGCCCCAUGUUUUGUCUUUCCUUGGUUGUCAGAAGGAUUAGCAGUGUUGGCGUGUGUCUGUCUAGCAUGUCAGAGAGUAUCGUCAGACCCAUCAACUAGGCUCAUGCUGUCUUUAUCUUGUGAGGUCAAAGAAAAUAUCAGAACUGGCUAGCUGAUGUUCGCCUAGUAUGUCAGACCCAUCAACUAGGCUCAUGCUGUCUUUCUCUUAUGAGGUCAAGGAAAUAUCAGAACUGGCUCGCUGGUGUCUGACUUACUGGUAUCUUCAUUCACCUAGUAUGUCAGACCCAUCAACUAGGCUCAUGUUGUCUUUCUCUGUUGAUGUCGAAGAAAAUCCAAGCAUCAACUAUCUAACUUGUGCCUUAUUCAUGGACGUCUUUCUCUCGGCCACACCACUGCUGAAGGGAGAAUGAUAUAGUAAUUCUUUAUUCACACCUUCACGGUAAGAACUUGGGAAACGGUAGAUAUAUUUUAGACGCGUCCUGGUGUAGCGCCCAGUGUGUUAGUAGCUCACAGUUUAGGUGAAUCAGUGUGCCAUAACCAAAUCAACAUUACCUUGGACUCCCUCAUACGGCAGGACACUUGGUACAGUAGUUUAGGGUGAGGUAGCAAGGCCUUACCUCUGUGGAAUUUGGAAACAAGGAAGAGUAUUAACUGAGAUAUCACCAACUUCAUGACUAAUUAUGUUGAGGUUUGGUUGGCUGAGUGUUGCCUCCAUCCAUGUUGCUUCACUCAGUCAUUGGGAAGGUAUGGGACCCUUCUGAUGUGAAUACUAAUUGGAUGGUCCAUAGGGAUUGGAAAACACACCUCACAGUAGGAUAAAUUGUGUUGAGGUUUGGUUUGCUGAGUGUUGCCUCCAUCCAUGUUGCUUCACUCAGUCAUUGGGAAGGUAUUGGACCCUUCUGAUGUGAAUACUAAUUGGAUGGUACAUAGGGAUUGG